AGACACGGUUCAGUUGCAGCAUUCCGUUCAUCCGAACACGAUGAGACAGAUCGCAUCCUUCGUAGUGAAUCGGUAGAUUCGGCGCGUCGCACCGACGAUCAGCACGAGGUCCUCUGCCGUCCUCGGAAUUCAAAAAACUCAGUGCUUCGUUUGUUGUUUUGUGCUCCUACCCAUCGAAAAUCACAUGGUCUUUCAUCAGAUAUGUCAUCUGGCGUCAAGGAAGAACAAUCGCUCGAUCAGAAACCUGACUUUGAGCAAAACAAUCUCACCACAGAGAUCAGAGACUCUUUGCCGCGGCCGCUCUCCUGGCACGAACAUGUUUAUAGGAAAUUAACGAACAAACCCACCCCCCAUUACAUUGAGAACAUUCUCGGCAUACAAAAUAACGACACGCAGGAAAGCAACAGUGUUAUCGCCCAAAAAAUGACCUGCACCAGUGCUACGUCGUCGCCGCAUCAAGAAGCCUUCCCCAAAAUUAUUCAUCCAGCCGAAACUGCUAAUGAACCUUUGAAUUUGUCAGUUCGCAGUGCUAGUGGUGAUUGUAAAAUUAAUUUAAAGACUGCUAAAGAAUCAAGGAAGAGAAAAAAGACUAAAUCAGAACCCUUAGAUUUGAAGGUGGACACUUCGCCUCUGCCUAGCGCGGUGGACGCGAUCGCCGAGGACGGCGAUGCGAAGAGUAAAAAGAAAAAAGCCCGCACCACUUUUACCGGCCGGCAGAUAUUCGAACUGGAGAAACAAUUCGAAAUCAAAAAAUAUCUGAGCAGCAGCGAGCGAUCCGAAAUGGCCAAACUUCUUAAUGUUACCGAAACGCAAGUGAAAAUUUGGUUUCAAAACCGCAGGACGAAGUGGAAGAAAAUCGACAACAUAUCGAACGCGGAAGCGGCCGAGCACAAAAACCAUACGGUACCGAAGGACGGUUCGAAGCAGUCGUCGGACUCCGAGGGCGGAAAGACGCGAACGUACCCGAAGCACGCGAGCCAAAGUUCGAAUUCCAGCAUGGAGAGCGACUCGAAAAGUUCGGCGACUUCGACCGUCGUCGACUCGAAUUUGCCGACGAAAAGUUUCAAGGACAUUUUGCAAACCAAUCGCGCCAAACCGUUGACGUCCGACAGCCACUUUCAGACCCAAAUAGACUCAACCAAAGAAGUUUUUUUAAAUUUAUCUUUUAACGUUAAAGACAAAUCCUAAGCAAGCAAAUUGACAACCUUUUAGAUUCUAUUUUGUUUUAG